CGGACCCGCUGGAGACCACCCGUGCGGUGCCGAUCCCAUGGUUCUGCGCGCAGUGGUGUUUGCUGUUUGUCGCCGAGCAUCGCGCGUGUGCGCGUGCCCAAGCAAAAGUACUACGAGUUGUCGGCGGUGCUGUUGGAUCGACCGCGAGGCGCGCGAAAUGGCAUUUUACGCAGUUGAUCCCUGGGACCCAGCCCCAAGUGUGCGCAGCGGUGGCAGGGCCAUGAUAUGCGCGCGGACCGCCGGUGUUUAUCCACCCCCAGUCGACGAUGUUCUCGGAAAACAGAUACGCCGUCCCGUUUGUCACGUUUUUUGCACUGACGCAGUCGGGCGCAGAAAACCUACAUGCGGGAUGUUACGGUGCCUGGGAUGUACGCUUUGCUGUUGUUUGGCCCGCAGCUGGUCGUUGAUCCCGAAAAUAAGGUUGUCUGUGUUGGGCCCACGGGUGGUUUGGCUGUGAGGGCCUGGCCGAGGGUGGCGGUGUUGGUUAAUCAGCUGAGAAGCCUGUUGGAUGAGCUGCUGAGACGCAAGCUGGACGACCCCCUCCUGCGUAUUGCUGCGCACCCGGUUGUCGAGGCAGUGCUUGAGCUGAUUCGCACCGACGGCAAAUAGGAUCAAGUUUUGAUUAGACAUAACACACACAACAUAGAAUACAUUUAUAGACUGCUUUCAUUAGAAAAUUCAAG